UAUAGGGAGACACCAAAUCUAACAGGAUUUAUUGAUGACUUCGGUAAUGCGAAGGCAGUCUUCUACGUCAAACGAAAACGACGUGAGGAUGCGCAAUAGCAGGGCCGGUGCGCAUGCUCAAUCCGCUGAUUCGCCACCAUCAUCGCCAGCGCCAGCCGGGGACCGAGGAAGCAGAGCGUGCUGUUUUUGUUGUUUAGCUGUUAAGGGCACCAACGGUUCUCAGUCUGGCGGUGGUGACAAGAAGUUAACGGGAAUCGUUGUACAGGAGGAACCGCCAUCAGUAGAAGAAAUAGCAGCUUGGUCAGAAUCAUUUGACCGUUUAAUGCGGAGUAACAGUGGACGAACUUUUUUUAGGGAAUUUUUACGAUCAGAAUACAGCGAGGAAAAUAUGUUAUUCUGGUUAGCUUGUGAGGAAUUAAAGAAAGAGGAUAACCCGGAGGUGGUGGAAGAGAAAGCAAGAUUAAUUAAUGAAGAUUAUAUAUCAAUUCUCUCUCCUAAGGAGGUGAGCUUAGAUUCCAGAGUUCGGGAAGUCAUAAACCGGAAUAUGGUGGACCCGACCCCUCACACCUUUGACGAGGCCCAGUUACAAAUCUAUACACUAAUGCAUCGAGACUCCUAUCCCCGAUUUCUAAACUCUCAACUAUAUAAACGACUUUUACAACAAACAUCUUGAACCUAAGCUUUUUUCUAAUUGUUCAAUAUGUAGGAAUAAUAUAUUGGUUUAUUUAAUAAGCCCUGGCCUUAUAUUAAUGGCGGGGUGUUUGUUCCAGAGACAGAUGAUGACGCACGUGUGAUA